CCGGAAAUUGUGGAUCGGCGAAGCCGAGUAUCGUGGCAGAGUGUGUGGAGUGUAUAGCUGGUGGAAUAACAUAGCCCCUUUUGAGUUACGCACUUAUCAGCAAAAUCAGUCGAUAAUGAAAACUUCGUUAGUUUUAACUGUGAAUACAACUAACCCACCUUUAGGGGCUUUGCUGACUGUGGAACACUUGAAGGAUGUCCUUGAUGUGUCUGUAGAAGAGGGCAAGGAGAACGCUCUGUGUGUAUCUGAGAAUGUGGUCUUCAAAGAUGCAAACUCCAUAGCUCGAUACCUAGCUAGAAUAACAGCAAGAAACGGAACUGGACUAUAUGGAACCAACCUUCUAGAACACACAGAGGUUGACCACUGGCUGGAGUUCAGUACUGCAAGGCUAUCAAAGCCCGCCCAUUUCAGUGCAGCAGUACAGGAACUGGAUUGCUGCCUUUCUUUGAGGACUUACCUCGUUGGAAACUGCUUAUCCUUAGCUGACUUCUUUGUCUGGGCUGCACUAAAAGGGAGCACUGUGUGGCAGAAGAUUCUAAAUGAGAAGAAGACUCUAGUCCACACUAGGCGCUGGUAUAAUUUCCUUGCUGCAGACAAAGCAUUUCAGAUUUUGUGUUCAAAGUGGAUAAUGGCGGCAUCACCAAGUAGCAUGCCUGUUCCAACAAAAGCAUCAGAAAACUCUUCUGCCAACCAGUCAAAUGAGAAGAAACAGGAUGUUGGAAAGUUUGUAGAACUUCCUGGUGCAGAAAUGGGAAAGGUAGUAGUAAGGUUUCCACCAGAAGCCAGUGGUUACUUGCAUAUUGGUCAUGCAAAAGCAGCUUUGCUAAACCAGCAUUACCAGGUGACCUUCAAAGGGAAAUUGAUCAUGCGGUUUGAUGACACAAACCCUGAAAAGGAAAAGGAGGACUUUGAAAAGGUUAUCCUUGAAGAUGUAUCUAUGCUGAACAUUAAGCCAGACCAGUUCACUUACACCUCUGACCACUUUGAUACAAUAAUGAAAUUUGCAGAAAAUCUCAUUAAAGAAGGGAGAGCUUAUGUUGAUGAUACCCCACCAGAGCAGAUGAAACAGGACCGUGAACAGAGAAUUGAGUCUAAAAACAGAAGCAACUCUGUUGAAAAGAAUUUACACAUGUGGGAAGACAUGAAAAAAGGAACAGACUAUGGACAGACCUGCUGCUUACGUGCCAAAAUAGACAUGAAUUCCAACAAUGGCUGUAUGAGAGACCCAACAAUUUAUCGCUGUAAAAAUGAAGCCCAUCCUCGCACUGGUACAAAAUACAAGAUUUACCCUACGUAUGACUUUGCAUGUCCCAUAGUAGACAGUGUAGAAGGUGUAACUCAUGCCCUGAGAACAACAGAGUACCAUGACAGAGAUGAACAGUUUUACUGGUUUAUUGAUGCACUGGGAAUUAGAAAGCCUUACAUAUGGGAGUACAGCCGCCUUAAUUUAAACAACACAGUACUUUCCAAAAGAAAACUCACAUGGUUUGUUGACCAAGGACUCGUUGAUGGAUGGGAUGAUCCUAGAUUUCCUACUGUCCGUGGUGUGCUAAGGAGAGGCAUGACAGUUGAAGGGCUGAAACAGUUUAUUGCAGCCCAGGGAGGCUCUAGGUCUGUUGUGAACAUGGAAUGGGACAAGAUCUGGGCAUUUAACAAAAAGCUGCGAGCUAUCUGCAAGAAGGUCAUCGACCCUGUAGCUCCUCGCUUCACAGCCUUGCUGCAGGAUGAAGCUGUUGUAGUUAAUGUUCCUGAAGCACAAGAGGAAGAAAAGCAUGUGGCAAAGCAUCCCAAGAAUGCUGAUGUAGGCACAAAAUCGGUUUGGUAUGGACCCAAAGUUCUUAUCGAUGGAGCAGAUGCAGAAACACUUUCAGAGGGAGAAAUGGUCACAUUCAUCAACUGGGGAAACUUAAACAUUAUAAAAAUCAAUCGAAAUGCGCAAGGCAAAAUUGUUUCCCUCGAUGCCAAACUGAAUCUUGCCAACAAAGAUUAUAAGAAAACGACAAAAAUCACCUGGUUGGCAGAGACUGCUCAAGCCCCCUUCACCCCUGCCAUAUGUGUUAAUUACGAGCACCUUAUUACAAAACCGGUUCUUGGCAGAGAUGAAGAUUUUAAGACUUUUGUCAACCGCAACAGCAAGCAAGAAGAAUGUAUGUUAGGGGAUCCCUGCCUAAAGGACUUAAAAAAGGGUGACAUUAUCCAGCUUCAGAGGCGGGGAUUUUAUAUUUGCGAUCAGCCGUAUGAGCCAGUCAGCCCGUAUAGUUGCAAGGAAUCGCCAUGCAUUUUAAUUUAUAUCCCAGAUGGGCACACAAAGGAAAUGCCAACUUCUGGUUCAAAGGAGAAGAGCAAAGCCAGCACAACAAAGAAAACAGUGAGUGCUGAAACAUGUGAAGCAAUACCUGCCACUGAUGUUGGUCUUCCUUCUACCCCUCCUGCUUCUGCCAGUAAUCCACUUGAGCUGUUUCAAAAAGUUGCUGCUCAAGGUGAUGUUGUUCGAGAUUUAAAGGUAAAGAAGGCACCAAAGAGUGAAGUAGAUGCUGCAGUACAGCAUUUGUUGUCUUUGAAGACAGACUACAAGCAAAUGACUGGCCAGGAGUACAAGCCAGGGAACCCACCAGCUAAAUUAUGUGCACCGCCUACCCUGUCUGGUUCAUCCAUUGGUACUGAUGGAAGAAGUCUGUAUGAUAAGGUGUCUCAGCAAGGAGAAGUGGUUCGAAAGCUGAAAUCUGAAAAGGCUCCCAAGGAUCAAGUUGAUGCUGCAGUGAAAACUCUCUUGGCUUUAAAAACUGAAUAUAAAGAAAAAACUGGUCAGGAAUAUAAACCUGGAGUCCCUCCAGCAUUGGCUGAGCCCCCCACACUGACAUCAGAUGUAGACUUGUAUAAUAAAGUCACAGAACAAGGGGACCGAGUCCGAAAGCUCAAAGCUGAAAAAGCUGCUAAGGAUCAAGUUGAUGCUGCUGUGAAAACACUUCUAGCUUUAAAAGCUGAAUAUAUAGAAAAGACUGGUCAAGAGUACAAACCUGGAAAUCCACUGGUAUUGUCACACCCCACUGAACCCAUGUCUGAUGUAGAUAUUUAUAAUAAGGUCACAGAACAAGGAGACAGAGUCCGAAAACUCAAAGCGGAAAAAGCUGCUAAGGAUCAAGUUGAUGCUGCUGUGAAAACACUUUUAGCUUUAAAAGCUGAAUAUAAAGAAAAGACUGGUCAAGAGUACAAACCCGGAAAUCCACCAGUAUUGUCACACCCCACUGAACCUACAUCUGAUGUAGAUCUUUAUAAUAAGGUCACAGAACAAGGAGACAGAGUCCGAAAACUCAAAGCUGAAAAAGCUCCCAAGGACCAAGUUGAUGCUGCUGUGAAAACACUUCUUACUUUAAAAGCUGAGUAUAAAGAAAAGAUUGGUCAGGAGUACAAACCUGGAAACUCCCCAUCAUCAUUUCAGCCCCUUAAUCCCACAUCAGAUGUAGAACUCUAUAAUAAGGUCACAGAACAAGGAGACAGAGUCCGAAAACUCAAAGCAGAAAAAGCUCCUAAGGAGGAGGUGGAUAAGGCAGUAAAGCAGCUCUUGUCCCUGAAAAGUGAAUAUAAAGAAAAGACUGGGCAGGAAUACAAACCUGGUACUCCACCAACACCUGCUUCACAGACCCUUACCCCUGCUGUGCAGGCAGACAGUGGCACACAUUUGUCUGAUGCUGAAGCAACAGCUCUGUUCAACAAGAUUACCACUCAAGGCGAUGAGGUCAGGAAGCUGAAGUCUGAAAAGGCGCCAAAGGAUAAGAUUGAUGCUGCUGUUAAUGAACUUCUGCAGCUAAAGGCAAAGUACAAAACAUUAACAGGCACAGACUACAAACCAGUAACAACUGAGGUCCAUGACAAAGAAAAGAAAAAACAAGACAAGUCUGAAAAGCUGAGCAAGUCUGAUAAGCAGAACAAGUCAGCGAAGUCAGGUGACAUCAACAAAAAGAAGAAUUUGCCUGAAGACAUUGAAGCUGUAGAUUCUGGAGAACCAGUAGAAGGUCAAGGACCUAAAAAACAGACCAGACUUGGAUUGGAAACUGCAAAAGAAGAAAACCUUUCUGAUUGGUAUUCUCAGGUCAUCACAAAAUCAGAAAUGAUUGAAUAUUAUGAUGUCAGUGGUUGCUAUGUUCUUCGCCCCUGGGCCUUUGCUAUUUGGGAAGCCAUUAAAGAUUUUUUUGAUGCAGAGAUUAAGAAGCUUGGUGUACAAAACUGCUAUUUCCCCAUGUUUGUGUCACAAGCGGCACUGGAAAAGGAGAAGUCGCACAUUGCAGAUUUUGCACCUGAAGUUGCCUGGGUUACAAGAUCUGGCAAGACUGAACUAGCAGAACCCAUUGCUGUCCGUCCAACUAGUGAAACAGUUAUGUAUCCUGCAUAUGCAAAGUGGGUGCAGUCUCAUCGAGAUCUUCCCCUGAAACUUAAUCAGUGGUGCAAUGUUGUGAGGUGGGAGUUUAAACAUCCGCAGCCUUUCCUCCGUACUCGAGAAUUCCUUUGGCAAGAAGGCCAUACAGCAUUUGCAACAUAUGAAGAAGCAGCAGAAGAGGUUCUUCAGAUCCUUGAUCUGUAUGCUCGGGUAUAUGAAGAACUUCUGGCAAUCCCAGUGGUUAAAGGAAGAAAGACCGAGAAAGAAAAAUUUGCUGGUGGAGAUUACACAACCACAAUAGAGGCCUUCAUCUCUGCUAGUGGAAGAGCAAUUCAGGGAGCAACUUCACAUCACUUGGGCCAAAAUUUCUCCAAGAUGUUUGAAAUUGUGUUUGAAGAUCCUAAGAGGCCUGGAGAGAAGCAGUUUGCAUUUCAGAACUCCUGGGGACUAACGACUCGCUCCAUUGGAGUAAUGACCAUGGUUCAUGGUGACAAUAUGGGCCUUGUAUUGCCUCCAAGAGUAGCUUCUGUUCAGGUCAUAAUUAUUCCUUGUGGUAUUACAAAUGCACUUUCUGAAGAAGACAAAGAAGCCCUUAUGAACAAAUGCAAUCAGUACCUUCAGAGGCUACUUAAUGCUGGAGUCCGGACUCAGGCUGACCUAAGAGACAACUAUUCUCCUGGGUGGAAGUUUAAUCACUGGGAGUUAAAGGGUGUCCCAAUCAGACUGGAAGUUGGUCCACGAGACAUGAAGAAAACUCAGUUUGUGGCUGUACGACGGGAUACUGGUGAAAAGCUGACUCUCCCUGAGAAAGAUGCAGAGAUAAAACUAAAAUCUCUUCUGGAAGAAAUCCAAGCUAACCUUUAUAACAAGGCUUCCAAGGACCUUAAAGAGAAUAUGGCUGUUGCAAAAACAAUGGAAGAAUUUCAGAAGGAACUUGAUUCAGGAAAGAUUGUUCAGAUUCCUUUUUGUGGGGAAAUUGAAUGUGAAGACUGGAUCAAGAAAACCACUGCCAGGGAACAAGAUCUUGAGCCUGGUGCUCCUUCUAUGGGAGCAAAGAGUCUCUGCAUUCCCUUCAGUCCACUUUGUAAACUGCAGUCCGGAGAAAUGUGCAUCAGUGGAAAAGAACCUGCCAAGUUCUGUACCCUGUUUGGUCGUAGUUAUUAGUUUCAAACCGAGUCUGCCUUCCUUCUCACUUCAGAGAUCUUGUUUAUAGAUGUAAUUCUUUUCACCAGGUGUCCUUGGUAUUGUGAAUAUUUAUAUUUUGCAGAGUACAGUUAAAGCCAUAGGAAACAAUUAAAUUCAGACCAGAAGACUCAAAGUGCAACUAAAAUGUAUUUUAUGUAAACAUGUCUAACAUUAAUAAACAUUCUAUACUGUGAA